UUAGGACAUACUGUUAAGAGACGCCGAAAUCGCCUUAACUCUGGGCGCGGAAAACAUGAGUCAAACCCCGUUUUUGCUGAAAGGCGCCCGAUUUGGGGUGAAAUUCUCGCAGACACCAGUCCUGGAGUGCGGACUCUGGGAGGGACUGAAGGACCACAACGUAAACAUGCGAAUGGGAGAGACGGCCGAAAAGUUGGGCAAAAAGUGUGGCAUCAGUCGCGAGGACGCGGAUCGGGUGGCCCUCCGGUCGCAGCAACGGUGGGCCGACGCCCACAAGAGGGGCGUAUUCAAGGACGAGAUCGUUGGAGUGCCCAUCAAAGUGAAGGGCAAAGAAGUGCUGUUCAACACCGACGAGCACCCGAAGCCCAACACCACUGCCGAGCAAUUGGCCAAAUUGGCCUCUGUUUUUGAACGCAACGGCACCGUUACGGCCGGCAACGCGUCCGGCGUUAACGACGGCGCCGGUGCUAUAGUGUUGGCCUCUGAGGAGGCACUGACCAAACAUAAUCUCAAACCGUUGGCCCGUAUUGUGGGCUACAGUAGCGUCGGUGUCGACCCAACUAUUAUGGGCAUCGGUCCGGUGCCGGCCAUACAGGCGGUGCUCAAAAAGACUGGACUCACUCUCAACGAUAUCGACGUGAUUGAAGUGAACGAAGCGUUUGCCACACAGUUUGCCGCGUGUGAGAAGGAGUUGGGUUUAGAUCCGGCAAAGACUAACGUUAACGGAGGGGCCGUCGCUCUCGGGCACCGUAUGUCA